AUGGUGUCGUGGUGGCCCGCAACUCGGCUCGAAUGGGCCUUUUUCAGCGCCACAGCAGUCCAGGCCUGUGUCAACAUCACCAUUCAAAUGGUCGUCUUAGUCUACUACCUCGACUGGGUCAACAGUGUCAUCUACCAGGUGCCAUUAGCAUACAUCAUUAGUUUGACGCUUUCUAUCAACAGUCUUGGUUGUCUCUACCAACUCAUCCUGACUCUGGACGCAUACCGCAUCAAGAACCACAUUCAGAUUUUUGUGCUAUGCGCAGCCAACAUCUGUCUUUCCGCAUCCACCAUUCUGCAAUAUGGCGAGGUAAAGAGUGCACAAGCCGAUGCUCUCAGAAACUAUGACAUGCACAACACUCCCUUUGCGAAGAAUGACUGGGGAUUCUGGCAGCAUGUUUCCCCUGCCCUCAUCACCUGCAUCGCCGUCAGCUGCCUCUGCAGCGCCAUCACAUGCAUUUUGGCAAUCCAGCUGCACCGCGAAUUUUCCUGGUCUUUGUAUCAACACAUAUCACCGGACCUGGACAUCCAAAAUAAGUACAUGGUGUACCAAAUCUACCUGGUCACUCUCAAGUACACUCCCUAUUUCAUCUUCUCCUUUAUUAUUAUAUACGGAAUAAUCGAUGUUCAUUAUAGAGAGCCCGAGUUUUCAUUGACAAUGGCCAUUAUACCCGCCACCCUCAUACACCUCGGGCUCGCCGUCUACUUUGUCCGCCACGAAAAACGAUUUGCAAUGUUCCUUAUUCUAUUUCUCCAUGUAGCCAGUAUGGCUUACAUUAUCAGCCGCCUGAUCGUCUUGAAUGGUCGCUCGCAGUUGGCGAACACGUUGAUGAAAAACGAAAUGAUGUUCUACUUGGUUGUCGCUCUAGCCUUCGACUCUGCUUCCUUCGUCAUUGGAAGCAUUUGCUUUGCAAAUUUCCGAAAAGGAUUGAGGCCUUUUCUACUGGGUCAGAUACAGCGCCAGUCCCGGGCCGAACAGAUGGAAGACGACUACUACAUCCAACGACUCAACUACAACAUUGUACCACUGUCGGAUCGUGAUGGACCGAGACUCGACCUCGACUAA